AUGAAUAUUUCUAUUUUGGCGACAUCUGAACCUCUUCAGGCGAUUGAGAAAAUACAAAAGUGGGCGCUUCGGAUUGGGUAUCACAAGUUCGCUUCUAAUAUGGAAGUGGGAGGCAAAAUUUGGCUUUGUUGGAAAGAGGAGAUAGACAAGGACUUGGUCGCUGUGACUAAUAAAUCUUUCACAAGAUUGUUUUCUCUUAACGGGGAGGCUAUCAUGGCUUCUUUUAUUUAUGCCAAAUGUUCAAUGAUUGAGCAUUGUGAGUUGUGGGACCAUUUGAGUAGUAUGACUUGGACAGGUAUUCCAUGUGUUGUUAUGGGAGAUUUUAACAUUAUUCAUGUUGACUCUGAAAGAAGGGGUGGGAACCCAAGACCUUGUUUGGCUAUGAGUGAAUUUAAUGAUUGCAUUGAUAAUUGUGGACUGAUAGAGUGGAAUCUUGCUGUCAAAUGUGGAGGUGCUGAAGCCAGGCUUCUCAACCGUAGUACAUCAGAACAUUCGCCCAUUUUUCUCCGAUUGACGCCUUAUAUCCAAAGACAUCGGAACUCGACUGUGGAGUCCAUGCGGAUCUCUGAAGAUAUCAAUCUUUCUUCGCCAGAACAAGUUCAUGAAGGGGCAAUGCAACACUUUGAGGAAUUUCUUGGUCAGUCGGGGAAUGGUGAAAUUCCAGAUUUGUCAUCUCUCAUUCAGCCAUGUUUUGAGGAUAGUGAUUAG